AUGGCUAUUACUUCAUUUGUAAGCUUUCUUCUAUCUCUUCUUCUUAUCUUAGUUCAGGCAAAGGGCAGAAAUGUUUCAACUUGUCCAAAGUCAUUUUCAUGUGGAGAUUUUACAGACAUGAGCUUUCCUUUCUCUCUUUCCACACAACCUGAUUGUGGAAUGAUGUCCAUGUCUGGUUGUGAUGCUAAACCAUAUCCAAAAAUCCAACUAGUUCCUGGAGGAGAAUGGUACUAUGCUAUAGACAUGCAUAAUUCAUCAGUUUGGCUUAGGGACCCGAAGCUUCAAACAACGUUGACACAACACAAGUGCCAGGCUUUUAACAAAAAUUUCUCCCUUCCAAACUAUCAUUUUAUGUCUUUCCAUAUGGUUAAUAUUCACAGCUUCUUCAAAUGCAUCAGUACCAGUAAUAAUGCCCGUAACAUUACACACAAGAAGAACGAUCAUUUUGUCGGUUAUAAUAUGUACAAUGGCUGUGAAGGCUUUAACAUAUACUACAAUCUUUCCAAAGGAGCAGACAAUCUUCCUACCAACUGUUCACUUAUCAGAUUGCCAAUCGACUCAAGUCAUGGUGAUUUGUUCGACGUGUUAGGUCCUGAAUUUCUAGUAGAAUGGGAACUGUCUGAUGAAUGUAAUGAAUGUCAUGAUGGUGGAGGUCAAUGCCAAACUGACAAAACCAACAAAUUUUCUUGUCACAAAGAUGCAAAAACACCUACAAGUACUACCGAUCAAAGAAAAGAAACAACUGGAAGAAAUAUGGUGGGGCUGAUUGUGGGAACAGGUGCAAGUUUGUCUACUGUUGGACUGUUGGUUUUACUACUCUUUUGCUUCAGAGAAAAAAAGUUGUGGUACAAAUACCGCAUCAGAUUUUGGGAAUCUAAUGCUCAGGAUCACCAAAGAGUUGAAGAAUUCUUAAAGAACUACGGAUCAUACGCUCCAAACAGAUACAAUUAUACAGACAUCAAAAGAAUCACCGGUCGCUUCAGAAACAAACUAGGCCAAGGAGGAUUUGGUAAUGUAUACAGAGGAAGUUUGCGUAACGGGAGUGAAGUAGCAGUAAAGGUCCUGAAUGAACUAAAAGGCAGUGGUGAAGAUUUCAUUAAUGAAGUGGCAAGUAUUAGCAGAACAUCACAUGUCAACAUUGUGAGCCUUGUGGGAUUUUGUUUUGAGGGUCACAAAAGAGCUCUUGUAUAUGAGUUCAUGCCAAAUGGAUCUCUUGAAAAAUUUAUCUAUGAGGAAAGAUCCGAUAGUGUUCGCCAAUUAGGUUGGCCAAUAUUAUACAAAAUUGCACUAGGCAUUGCUCGAGGAUUAGAGUACUUGCACCGUGGUUGUAACACUCGGAUUUUGCAUUUUGAUAUAAAGCCUCAUAAUAUCCUUCUUGAUGACAAUUUUUGUCCUAAAAUCUCUGAUUUUGGUCUUGCUAAAUUGUGCAUGAAACAAGAGAGUAUUGUGUCAAUGUUAGGUCCACGAGGGACUAUCGGUUAUAUUGCUCCAGAAAUUGUUUGUAGAAACUUGGGAGGUGUCUCUCACAAGUCUGACGUCUAUAGCUAUGGAAUGAUGGUCCUAGAGAUGGUUGGAGGAAGAAAAAAUGUUGAUGUUGGAGUUGAUCGUACGAGUGAAAUCUACUUUCCACAUUGGCUCUAUCGACGAAUUGAACUAGACGAAGAGCUUCAACUAAUCGGGAUAAUGAAUGAAGAGGAGAAUGAAUGUGCAAGAAAGAUGGUGAUAGCGAGUUUAUGGUGCAUACAGACUGAUCCUGCAAAUCGACCAUCGAUGAGCAAGGUUGUGGAAAUGUUAGAAGGGAAACUAGACUCUUUGCAAAUGCCUCCCAAGCCUUACCUAUAUUCUCCCUCAAGAUCAGAGGUAGAUUCAUCAAUAAUAGAACUGACAACAACAACUUACCUAGUAUAG